CAAUUAGGCCCGGCUGAGCGAACCUGAAUCAGCUUCCCAGUACUUCCCCGCACACAGCAGACACGGCAGUGAGGCUUCGGGGCAGCCGGGCUCCACCGUGUCCCCUAGCCCUGCAGGUUCCCCGCUGCCAAGGACACAGCAUCCCCCGGCCGCGCGCAGUGGUAGGAGCCGCGCGACGUCACCCAUUGUUUACAAAUCAACCCGAGCCGGCAGCGUUCCGGCUCCCGCGGCUGUACGGCGCGCGGUGCCACUGCCCGGUGGCCCCGGCUUCCGCGUCCCAGGCCCGGCUCAGCCCCGGUCUCCGCCCCGCUCCCGCCCCAGCCGCGGCCCGCCGAGCCCGCGGGCAACCGAGCCGCCAGCGACGCCCGCACAGCCGCGGGGGCCCGGGCGGGGGGCCAUGCCGUGCCGGAGGGAGGAGGAGGAGGAAGCCGGCGACGAGGCGGAGGGGGAGGACGACGACGACAGCUUCCUCCUGCUGCAGCAGUCGGUGACUCUGGGCGGCUCGGCCGACGUGGACCGGCUCAUCGCCCAGAUCGGCGAGACGCUGCAGCUGGACUCGGCGCACGACGGCCCGGCCUCACCGUGUGCUGCCCCGGGUCCCCCGGCCCCGCCUCCGCCCCCGCGGGUCCUGGCGACGCUGCCGGCGGACAAGGCCGGGGCCCCGGCGAGGCAGCUGCUGUGGCCGGCCGCGCCUGCGGAGGCCGGGGACCCGGCGCCCCCGGGGGCCGUGCGCUGCGUGCUGGGAGAGCGUGGGCGCGUGCGGGGCCGGGCGGCUCCAUACUGCGUGGCGGAACUCACCACCGGCUCUAGCACGCUGUGCCCUCUGCCCCCGCAGCCCGGCCUUGAGGGACCCCCGGGGACCUGCAAGCCAAGCAACCCGCAGCCUCUUUCGGGCCCGUGCCGGCGGGGUUGGCUCCGGAGCGCAGCCGCGUCCCGCCGCCUGCAACAGCGACGCGGAUCUCAACCGGAGACCCGCACCGGGGACGACGACCCGCACCGGCUCCUGCAGCAGCUCGUGCUCUCGGGAAACCUCAUCAAGGAGGCGGUGAGGAGGCUACAUUCGCGACGACUACAGCUACACGCAAAGCUUCCCGCACACCCGUUCAUCGGGCCUCUGUCGGCCCCGGUGCACGAGCCGCCUUCUCCCCGGAGCCCUCGAGCGGCCUGCAGCGACCCUGGUGCUUGCGGGAGGGCGCGGCUCAGAACUGGGGACGACCUUCUUGUCCCUGGCAGCUAACAACCAGGGUGGCCACAGCACCAGCCUGUGGCUGGGGACCAAGAGAUUCACCCAGGAUUGCACCGGACUGGUGGAGGACUCGAGCAUUUGAAAACGGGAUAAUAAACUAAGAAAUACUGCCGAAAAAUCGCUAUUAUUUUCAUGGGGUCACUGAAGUUGAGACCCCCAAUCUGUUUGAAAUCCAGGACUUAGGCUUGUUUAAAGCAGAUUUUAUAGAGUGCACCGCAGGCUGUCAGCAGGACUCCUUUUUUCCGCAGAAUCUAACCUCGUCGCUGCAAUUUCGCGCAGACUCUGCGGGGCAAUCCGGCGACCACGUGGCUACGGUGCAUGCUCUCAGGAUCGGCCAGCCGUGGUGGAACGAGGAACGAUGAUCACAGUUACAUGCUGUACUUUUCAGGGCUGCUUUCUGAUCCACUUUGGGGGAGGGGGGAACAAGAGUGGAUGCAAUUUCGGGGAGCACCCCAAAAUGCUACACUUGAACAUUUUAUGGCAGUUAAAAGACCGUCUCAUAUCUUUUGCGGUGCUGGUUUUAAUGUAAAACAUGCGGUAUCACGAAAGGACCCUCAUGGGGCUAAAUAGAAGUAACAUUUUUUUUCCCUGUCUGUCCCCGUUUUUGCAACUGGUUGCUGUUACCGAAGUGUUGAAGGAAUGUUGUACCACAAGUGGGGGUGGGAGGCGGCAGUGAGCGGUGUUGGGCCAUGGAAGGGUAUGGCGAAGCACGGAUUGAACUCUCCGGCCUUACUGAAGUGUUUUUAAAGGCGACCCGUUCCUCCUUCGGUCAAGGUCACUGUUUCCAGAGUGUGCACCAUGUUGUGGGGCACCGGCACAGAGACUAGCUGAGUUGCCUUGCUGGGAGAAGAGUGCACUGUUUUGCAAGUGCUGGAGUCCCCUAAGGACAUGCGCGCCACCUCCCGGAGGUGGGGGUGCGCUGGGUGUCUGUGCUUCCCGCCUGGGGCCACCGCCCUUGCCCUUCGCUUGGUCUGCACAGAAACUGCCUUGAAACAGUGGCCCCGAAUACCACCUUUCCCCCUUGGCUCUGGGGCCCUACCCAAGCGGAGUGGCGCUGAGGAUCCUAGGGGCCAGGGAGGGGGUCUAAGGAGGCUCCAUACAGCCGGCACUCCUUGGACGCAGUUUCACACAGCCGCUUAUAAUGGGCUCUCGGGGCCAUUUGUAAUAACAGCUGCAAUUCCCUGGAUAGAGGGAGUUGAUUUCCUCCUUCUGACCCUCCCCCAGCUGUACCAGCUCGCCUUUGUAAGUGAAGGAAACCGGGUAGAAAAUGUGACCCUCCAAAUGGAAAAGCUGCAGGCUUUCUGCUAUUGUGACUGUGAAGUGCUUGGAAAUACUGUUCACUCCGAGCGACCGUUUCGUUUUAGUUUUAUGGAGUCAAUGGCUUGUUCAGCCUCCAGAUGUGGCUAUUGACGAAUCUACACUUCGCACCGAAGUGACUGGAAUUGUGGCUGUCCUGAUUAUAGGAUUUUAACUUAACUGAAAUGACUGUUUUUGAAUAAAUGUGUUGGGUUUUU